AUGAGACGGUUGAUUCAACGUCCAAGCACACGCCUCCGGCUGGUAUUAAGACUCUUCUCCCAUGCUCCCGUAAGCGUGCACAUGCGCUCGGCUCGCCUGCCCACUCAGUCACAUUCGCAUGUAAAGAAGGCCGGCCAGGCAGUCCUGACACUCGAUGGGGAGUGGGCCGACAGAAGACGCCUCGCUUGGCCGACCCGCCAUGGCCGUCCGACACGCCCUGGCCGAGGUUUUGGUACCGGGCCAAGGGUCCUGACAAAUCAUGUUGCCAGGACCAGUGAUUGUUGGACGCGCGUACAGAAAAAUGUGGGGACGUCGGUGCUCGAAACGCACAGACCUAUAGGCUCUCUUUGCUGCAGUAGGGCAUACACCUUUCGACCUAAGCUACGUAUGCCGAAAGAAGCGCCUUUCCGGGAAGAUGCGGCUCGACGCAAAGGGCAGACGCCUGGGCCUGGGUUUGAGGGGAACGAGACUGCUAUUCCUGGAUUAUCUGGCAAGAGGAUCUGGAGCAUUUAUGUUUGUGUAUGCAUGGGCUUAACUGCCAGUGCAUUUGUGAGUAUGCCAUUAUGUGUAUUAUACAUUGUUUAG